CAACUUUCAACUAUAAUGCGGUUUGUUGGUUGCCAGUGCGCUGCAACCAGAGUUAAAGGCAACACGACGGCAACAACAAGCAAAAUAAGCAGCAAUACGGCCAAAGCCACGCCCACAGCAACAGCAGCAGCAGCACCGCACACAAAAGUGCAGCCGGACAAUGCGGAUAUGUCGUCGCUAUCAACAACAACAACAACAGCAACAUCAACACGCAAAUCAUCAAGCACAUCAGCAACAUCAACGCUGUUGCUGCUGCUGCUGCUACAAUUUGCACAACUGCAAGCAGCGCUAGCAAUGUCAACAGCACAUGGCGGCCUAACAGUUAUAGAAGCAGCCAGCACCACCAGCAGCAGCAGCAGCAUCACUACAACUUCCAGCAGCAGCACGAAUAGUCAGCAGCAACAUUUUAGCAGCAGCAGCAACAGCUUUCCCAACAGCCAACGCAAGCGUCAUCGCAAACGCAACAGCAGCUGGUACGACGAUCGCAACUACAAUGAGAACACCACAACGCCCGAGUGGCUCAAUCCCUGCGGUGGCAGCUACUAUCAAGCAGCAGCCAACGAACGCCGCCGCCCACUACGACCCAAGCAGGUCUUCAAUCAGCUCAAGCGCGCCGCCGGCACGGAGUAUCGCGAGCUGAGCAACAGCCAUGAGCAGCAGUUUAUCGAUAUCAGAGACAUGCAAAUGUGGUCGCUUCACAAUUACAACUACAAAUUUCUGCCCAAGCUUAAGCCCAACUCUACGAUUGCUCUAAAGCGCUGGUACCGCAACAUGCAGACGUAUGUGGCCAGCUUCGCCUAUUUGAGACGCGUGCAGCUGAACUGGGAUCAUCAGUACUUGGAGCGCGAGUCGCCGGUGGCCAAGGAGCUGCGCAAUUUGCUGCUCAGUUCGCGCAGCAUGCUCUGCGAGCUGGAGACGGCCGUAAACAAAACUUAUCCGGCGCUGGCACCGGCCAAAGCCAACAGCAAACACAAGAAGCACCAGCAGCAGCAGAAGCGACAGUUGCCACAAAUAUCGCGCAAUGAUAUGAAUAAGCGUUUGAAGCUGCGCAGCAAGCAUCGCCCAAGCGUUAAUGUAACAGCAGCAACAGCCGCAGCAGCAACAACAAAAUCAACAGCAGCAGCAGCAGCAACAGUUGCUGAGGCCGAUGUCAUUGACAUGCGAUUUGUUAAGCAUCAUUAUUAUGAAUUUCUGCGCACCAUGUGGCAGCUGUUGCCGCGCGACAGCAAAACCGAGCGACGUCAGCGUCGCCAGCGCAAUUUGCGACGCCAGCGUCUGCAGCAACAGCAACAGCAGCAACAAUUGCUGUCCAGCAAUCGCAAGGAGUUCAAUGAAGUGUCCAAGCCGAGCCAAGUCGAGUUAAGUGCACGCCGCGGCAAGCGCCAGCAGCCAGCGUCGGCGUCGGCAGCGGCGCAGCGACAUUCGCGACGCGUGCUACGCACGUGAGCAGCCAAUUUGAUAAGAACAAACAACAUUAUUGUAGAUUCAUCCAAAAUGCAACCCUAAACUCGCCUAGUAUAAGUAAAUUAUUUAAAUGGAGUUCGCAAAACACAAAACGCUCUCUCUUUCUCGCUCUCGCCCCCUCUCUCUCACACACACACACAAUCUUUGACUAGCUUGCCCACUUAAGUAUUAUUAAAUGUAUUUAUUUAUUGCCAAUCAUUCCAAGGGCUAAUUAGUCUUAAGCAACACACACACACACACACAUAGCAGUUGCCGUUCUAGUCACAUAAGCG